GCAGCUUGGGUUCACCUGUGCGCUGUGAUUGGUCCGUUCGGCGCACCUCAGUGGAUCAGUUGGGUUUCGUGGCUCAAAGUGGGACAGAUCCACAGAGGGGAAGGAGUAGCGGUCAUCAUGCCCAGCGGCUACUGCGGGAAAACUCUCGAGGGCCUGAGCUUGGAUUCGGGAUUCUCUGCAGGGGGGGGCUGCCCGUCCCUCACGCUGUCCUCCUCCGGACAGUCGAGGCGCUCGCCGCCGAACGGCGGCGGCUCCCGGCACGCCGGCUCUCUGCGCAGCAGGAACGGCAGCUGGGACACGGUGAGCACGCUGCCCGAGGACGCGGCGGACCUCCUCUCUACGUGUCCGCUGUUACCGGAGCUGGAGGAGUAUCCGUGGGCUGACCCGGAGCUGCAGGAGGUGUUGGGGAGAGUCGCGGGUUCGGAUGCCUGUUUCAGCGCAGACGCAGUCCGGCGCCUGUCCGUCCUGCUCAGCAGAGCCUUGGUGCGCAUCUCCAGGGAGGCGCAGCGGCUCAGCGCGCUCCACAGGCGGUGCACGCGCCUGGAGGUGCAGAGCGCGGUCAGGUUGGUCCUGAGCUGGGGUCUGGCCCAGAGGUGCCUGUCAUCCGCCGUGAGGGCGCAGUCUCUUCACUGCAUGAGCUCCGGGGACGCGGCGCGUCAGCGGGGCGCGUCCGCGCGCUGCGGGCUCGCGCUGUCCGUGGGCCGCUUCUUCAGGUGGAUGGUGGAAACUCGCCUGUCGGUGCGCGUACACGAGUACGCCGCGAUCUGCCUGACAGCGUGCGUGGAAAGCCUGGCCGAAGAGGUGGGAAGGCGCGCGUUGCACGUGGCGAGGCUGACCCCCGGGCAGGCGGACAGGGUGUGCGCGGAGCUGCUGGAGGGGACCGUGAGCAGCGACGCGGAGCUGUGGGGGCUGCUGCAGCCCCACGAGCACCUGAGCUGCGGGAAAAACGCGCACGGUGAGCUGUCAUUGCCAGCCCAUAUUAGCCCACACACAAAGGCUUCCAAGGAGCAGCUGGAGAGCAGGGAAAAUCCUUACAUUCACCUGGAACUGCAAAUGCUGGAGCAGGCGCUGCUUGCGACCAGCGUGGGGAGCAUCUCAGAGCUCAGUGAUCUGGUGUCUCGAGCGAUGCACCACAUGCAGCGCCUGCAGAGCUCCGGCAUUUCCAUGAGCAGCGCUCGCUCAGCCAAUCAGCGCUCAGUGUCCUGGGCCCCAGACGCUCUCCGCACGCUCUACUACUUCCUGUCCAGCCCACAGAUGGAGUCUCAGGAGAACCCAAACCUGGAGCCUUCUGUCAUGUUGUUGAGCAGGGAGAGGCCCUUCCUGCUCCUCCCUCCUCUCAUGGAUUGGAUCCGGGUGGCCGUUGUUCACGCCGAGCAUCGGUGCAGCCUGUUGGUGGACAGCGAUGAUGUGAGACAGACAGCCAGGCAGCUGCUGCCGGGUCUGGACUGUGAGCCCCGACCGCUCAGGUCUGCGUCCUGCUUCCAGUCCUUCAAAUGUCUGGGAGCUGAAGCUGCUGCAGCAAAGUUCCAGCUGGAUUUGGGUUUCAGGAUGUUGUCCAGUGGCAGAGCUGAUCUGGUCCAACACGCCACACGACUGCUGGGAGAGGAUGGGGUCAACACCGUGGACGACCAGGGAAUGACUCCUCUGAUGUACGCCUCUGCAGAAGGCGAUGAAGCCCUGGUCCAGAUGCUCAUAGAGGCGGGGGCCCAUCUGAACCUGCAGGUCCCGGGCUGCUCCCCCCGACACCCGUCCGUUCACCCCGGCAGUCGGCACUGGGUGGCUCUGACAUUCGCAGUGCUCCACAGUCACCUGUGUGUGGCGCAGCUGCUGUUGGAGGCCGGCGCAGACGUGGAGGGCGGGGCCUCGCUGGAGGGGCGGGACACCUCGGCUGAGACGCCGCUGCAGCUGGCUGCUGCUGCAGGUAACUACGAGCUGGUCGGCCUGCUGCUGACCCACGGGGCAGACCCUCUGCUCAGAGUGCAUCAUGGGAACGCGCUGGCAUCCCCUCUGUACGAAGACAUGAACUCCUUCAGCUACGCCGCCGCCCACGGACACAGGAACAUAGUGAGGAGGAUGCUGCUGCAGCCUCGGCACAGGAAGGAGGACAUCCUCUCUCUGGAGGAGAUCCUGGCGGAAGGAGUGGAGGAGCCAAAGAAAAACAAGCCGCCUGCAGCUCCAGACUCCCAGAGCCCCCGGCUGUGCAGGGCCACGGUAAAGGCUCUGCAGCAGGCGGCGUACUACAGCGCCGAGCACGGGUACCUGGAUGUGACCAUGGAGCUCAGAGAGAUGGGUGUCGCCUGGAGGCUGCACACCUGGCUGGAGUCUCUGCUCAGAGCCCAGCAGCUCUGCAGGAGAGAGGUCACCCUCCACCUCCUGUCGGAGUUCCCCUCCAUCAGGACGGAGGACUACGGCCCCGAGCUGCUCUCCACCGCCAUCCCACUCAUGUUCGGCAUGAUGGAGACCAGCAAGGACUACACGGUCAUGAAGCUGCUGGCGUCUGUGUUUUGUCACUGCUUUGGCUCCGCCCCCAUCCCUGCCAUCCCGCCGCUGAACGUCGCUCUGUCCACUCAGCUGGACGUUCAUUUCCUGAACAACAAGGAGAUGUCUGACGUGACCUUCAUGGUGGCGGGCCGGCCGUUCUUUGCUCACCGGGUCCUGCUGAUGUCCGCCUCUGAAAGGUUUCGUGGGAUGCUGGCCGAUUCCCCUGACAACAUCCUUCACAUCAGUCACAUGACCUACAGCACCUUCCAGAUGAUGAUGAAAUCCCUGUACUGCGGGGGAACAGAAGGCCUGACCGUGUCUCACCCUGAAGCUUUGAAGCUGCUGCCGGCCGCCUCCUUCUUCCAGCUGCGAGGUCUGCAGAGAAGCUGCGAAACGGCGCUGUCGCAAACCCUGACUCUGGAAAACGCCGUCAGCGUCUACCAGACCGCAAAGCUGCACGGAGCAGCCGAGCUCUGCAGGUUCUGUGAGGGCUUCUUCCUCCAGAACAUGGAGCUGCUCCUGGACAGGGAGGACUUCCACCGCCUGCUGCUGGGAGGAGUCAACCGGGAGCCGCUCAGCCCCAGCAUGAGGGACCGGGACCACAGCUGGGACCUUCCAGGCCUCCUGGGAGACCUGGAGGCAGCACUGAUCCAAAGACUGCUGAGCCUCCACUCCUCCUGUCGAGGGUAGAGCGGUUCUGAUCCGCAGAUCUGAUUCUGAUCUGUUCCAGGUUUGGGAAAAACGCAGAGUGCUGGCUUUUCCCGUUUAAAGGAGGUUAACGUCAGACCCAAACAGCUUUGAUGAUGCCUUCACUGACGGCGAGCGGCAGCAGCUCCUCCUCCCUCCACAGGUUUUGACAAAAGUCUGUCCGGCUGUUUCGUUUUCUGUCCGGACGUCUGCAGAAAGAAAACUUUCUGCCGCUCUGCAUGAUCUCCAUCCUGGUUCUGGCUCAGAACACAGCAGAAUUCUCUAAUCAGGACAAUUCUUGGGAAUAGUGGUAUGAUUGUUUCUGUCAUGAUUUCUGUGAGGAUGGUAGAGAAUUUAGAGACAUUUUUUUUCCUAUACCUGCCUUGAAGAUUUCUCACCUGAAAUGGAGGCUGCAGCUCCGUCUCCAUGGCAACCAUGCAGCCUGCCUGCAACAGGUCCUGUAUAUCUGUAAAAAAACAGCCUAAACCUUGAUGUUGGUGAGAGUUACUGGAUGCUAUUAUAGGUCAUGAAUGCAUCCCCUCGAUGAAAGGAUGGACAGUGGAAGAGAUCCCUGUCCUGUUGUUGUUUUUGACUGUAGUCCUUUUUUUUUUGCGGUCAGACGUUUCCGCAGACAAAUGUCUGUGUUUUUAAUUCAAACUAUUGUUUUCCUGAACAAAUAGUCUUAAUUUAUUUGAAUAUGUGGAGGUGCACAGUUCCUGUGAGCCUUUACUGUGAUACAGAUCAGGAGGUUUUAGCAUUUUUAGCUGGAAAAGAGUCAGGAGGGUUUGAAAGCUCCAUCUUUGACGUGGAUAUCCACCUGAUCCUGACGUGAUGCUGGAGUUUAUGUCUAACUUUGAUAGGAAAACAGGAAGUGUGGCUGUCACAAUAAGAGAUGAACUAAAGGUUUUGUCACUGCUUCCCUGCUCCACGUUUGUCGCUCUUUGUUUGGAAAAGACAGAAAAAUAAUUAACUCAACUGGUCAAAGUGUCCACGAUGUGCCUUAGUAAUCAGAUUACAGUUGGGUCGUUUUCUCAGAUGUGUAAAUGAAAAGUUAAAGGAUUUUUCACAUGAAGGAAGCUUUAUUUGAAGGGUUUUCUUAUUAUCGGUGUGCAUAAAAACAUUUUGAUGAUUGUCAAUAAAGAACCAACAAAAAUUGUG